AUGAUUUGGGUACAGAAUGCCUCACCUGAGGUUGAUGCUCAGUCGGAGUGGCCACUGAUAGUAGCCGUGUGUAUUACUCUCAGCACCAUCAUGACUAUGUGUGUGGCGCUGCGGCUGUACGUCCGUACAUACAUGAUCAAGUCUCUUGGUACUGAUGACUAUGUCAUUAUAUUCUCCAUGCUUUGCGGGAUAUCAUACGCAGGUCUAUGCAUUGGACAAACACGAUGGGGACUCGGGUUGCCUAUCAGCCUACGGCCAGCCAGCAACCUGAACAAGUACUCGGAAAUCAAUUUUGCUGGGCGACCAAUUUACAUGGCUGGUAUCACAGGCUUCAAGGUGGCUCUGUGCCUUGCUUACCUUCGCAUAACCGGUGGAAGAACCAAAAAGGACAAAUCUAGGUACAGGACGUUUAUCUACGCCAUGCUCACUUUUGCUGUCUUGUCACAUUUGGGUGGUACACUGGUCUUGCUCUUUCAGUGCAGUCCUGUGCACAAGUCAUGGCGACCUCGGACAGAAGGGAAAUGCCUCGACAAUGUUAUAACGUUCUAUGUCCUUGCCGCCAUCACGAUCCUUUGCGAUAUCAUUAUCAUCCUCUUACCCGUUCCGCUGUUGCUGAAGAUCAAGAUGAACUCAAGAAAGAAGAUCGGCCUCAUAGCUGUAUUCUCUCUUGGGCUGUUCACCACCAUCUGCAGCAUCAUGCGUAUGGUCCAGAUCGAGGUCAUUGCCAAGAACGGGAACAGCACCCGUCUUGUACUAUGGGGCACGGUCGAGCUCAAUGUCGGGAUCUUUCUGACAUGCCUGCCAACCCUGACUCCGCUCGUUACAUGGUUUGCAAACAAGUCCCGAAAGGGGACCUACGAGCACAGCUACGGCCAGUAUGGUCCAGGCAGGUCGCAUGCCCAUACAGGCAGUGGUGCUAUCAAGCUCGGGUCUGUUAACAGAACCUUGCCUGUUGGCGUCAUGAGCAAGAUCAGCCAUUCCUCCAGGACAGAUUCAGAGGAGACGAUCCUGCCAAUACACGGCGCGGACGACCAGCAUAUCAUGAAGACAACGACUGUCGAGAUCAAGAGCUAUCCAGACUGA